CAAGGACCUCGUUCCCUCCUGGACAGUGCUCGGAGCAGGGCUGGGAUGGGCUUGGAUGCUCUCUGUGUCUGCCUCAUCUCCGGGCUUUAAAUAUUCAUGCUUUUGAUUUCCUCUUAGCGGGCAGCGGCGCAGGGGCUGGAGCGAGCUGUGGGGAGGAGGAGGGUGGCCGUGCCGAGCCCAGCAGCAGGGCAGAGGGAGCUGGAGCUGGAUGAAGACAAUGGGUUUUGUUGCUUGAGGACCUCCAGGCUGAGCCCAGAGCGUUCUGAGCUCCCCUCCCUGUGCCAGCAGCUCCACGGCCCCGUUUCCUCCCGGCUGUGGCGCGUUGCUCUCAGUCUGAACGGAUCUGCACAUCCUUCUGCUGCUGAUCACGACUGAUCAGCUGUGCCAGGCAGCCCCUGGACCCGCUGCCCGGCGUGCCAGGCCCAGCUCUCCCUGCCAGCCAUGUGGGGCUGGCGUGGAUCUAGCACAGAGUUCAGCCAAGGCUUCUGCUUGGGGGCAGCUUCCUGGCGGCUGCAGGCACUUGGACUCUCUGUGGGGCCCCUGUGAGGCCCAGCUGGCUGCAUCCACCCUACUGCCACAGGGACAGGGCGCCUGUGGCCCUUCUCACCUGCCUCCAGCAUGGAUCUCCUGCAAAAGAGCAAAUACAGCCACCUGAGGAAUGAAUCUGUCUCCUCUCCGGAGGAGGCCGUGGCAGGCCUGCUGCCCUCCCCAGUGGAGUCCCUUGCAAGCAUGCAGUCUCUGCCUGAUUCCCUGUCCUCCUCCCUCAGCCACGCUGCGCCUCUCGUGGAGCUCUCACCUGACUUGGAGGAGAGCCCUACCACCCUGUGCUCCUUCUUCCCCAAAAUGGCCAACCUGAAGCUCUCCAAUCCCGCCAACUUGCUCAGCUUGCGGGGCUCUGCAGCCAGCAGCAGCCCAGGGGAGCCUGGUGCCCCUGGGAUGGCAGCACUAGUGCCAGGGGGUGGUGCCAGCCCUGGCUCAGGGAGACCUGUCACUGUCUGUUCCCAGGAUAUGAACAAGCUGAGCUGUGGGAAGAAGACGCGGGUGGAAGGCGGCCAGCUGGGGGGUGAUGAGUGGACCCGCCACGGCAGUUUUGUCAACAAACCCACCCGUGGCUGGCUGCACCCAGAUGACAAAGUCAUGGGCUCUGGGGUCUCCUACCAUGUCCGGUACAUGGGCUGUGUGGAAGUGCUCCAGUCCAUGAGGGCUCUGGAUUUCAACACCAGGACACAAGUGACUAGGGAGGCCAUUGGGCUGGUGUGUGAGGCUGUGCCUGGUGCCAAGGGAGCCGUGAGGAGGAGGAAGCCCUGCAGCCGCUCCCUGAACUCCAUCCUGGGCAAGAGCAACCUGAAGUUUGCAGGCAUGCCCAUCACCCUGACCAUCUCCACCAGCAGCCUCAACCUCAUGGCCUCAGACUGCAAGCAGAUCAUCGCCAACCACCACAUGCAGUCGAUUUCCUUCGCAUCAGGGGGAGACCCGGACACAGCUGAAUAUGUUGCCUACGUUGCCAAAGACCCCGUCAAUCAGAGAGCCUGCCAUAUCCUGGAGUGUCCUGAGGGCUUGGCCCAGGAUGUGAUCAGCACCAUCGGGCAGGCCUUUGAGCUGCGCUUCAAGCAGUACCUGAAGAACCCUCCAAAGCUGGUGACCCCCCACGACAGGAUGGCAGGGUUUGAUGGCUCUGCCUGGGAUGAAGAAGAGGAGGAACCAGCCCCAGAUCACCAGUACUACAACGACUUCCCUGGCAAGGAGCCUCCCAUUGGGGGGGUCGUGGACAUGCGGCUGCAGGAUGGGGCAGCUCAGACCCCAAAUCACUUGGGUGCCACACUGCCUGUUGGCCAAUCCGGUGGGGAGUUUGACGCCCAGAAGCAGCACGCUCCUGCCCAAGCAGGGAGAGAGAAGUACCCAGCUCCAGCAGGCACAGCUGGGCGCACAGACCUCUUUGAUGACCCGUCCUACGUCAACGUACAGAACAUAGACAAGACAAGACAAGCUCCAGCUGCCAGCACCCCUGCCACGGCCAAUGGCAGCACACAGAGGGACCUCUUUGACAUGAAGCCCUUUGAAGAUGCCCUGCGUGUGCCCCCCUCUGUGCCUGUGGGGCUGCCCCCUGCCCAGGUUGUGGCCUCCAUGGAGGAGCAGCUGAGGAGGGAGCCCUGGUACCACGGCAAAAUGAGCCGCAAGGAGGCCGAGAAGCUGCUCAAGGUCAACGGGGACUUCCUGGUGAGGGAGAGCACCACCACCCCGGGCCAGUAUGUGCUGACUGGCUUGCAGGGUGGGCAGCCCAAGCAUCUGCUGCUCGUGGAUCCCGAGGGAGUGGUGAGGACAAAAGAUCAUCGCUUUGAGAGCGUCAGCCACCUCAUCAGCUACCACAUGGACAAUCACCUGCCCAUCAUCUCAGCCGGCAGUGAGAUGUGCCUGCAGCAGCCCGUGGAGAGGAGACUGUGAGCGCCCAGGGCACCCCAACGCGCAGCCCUGCGCCCUGUUCCGUGCCCCAGGGAGCCCUCAGACUCUCCAGGUGCUCCACCCGGACUGAGCAUGGACUUGCCUGAGGACAGGGCCUCUCUCCUUUCACCACGUGGAGCUGGUGGCCAUGGGGGGCUCAGGCUGUGAGUGCCUGCAGGGCAGGGAAUUGUUCCAGCCUUUGCAGAGCAGCUCAGCUCCUACCAAAACCCAGCCUGUUCUUGUGCUCACCAGCACGGGCUCAGGACUGGCAGAGCUGAGCCCCCCUGAGCCAGAGGCAGCCUGUCCUUAUCUCUGGCCCCUGGGCCAAGGAGGGGGCCCGUGGGGGGCUCUGCUCCCCCAAGCACGAGGCCCUCGACUGUACCGGAUCACUUUACGUGUUAACUCUGUGCCUUGACCCUGCAGGUCCCACACUCUUAUGCAAGGGCAGGGGCUGGUUACAGAGCCUCCCCCGUGCUCCCAGCACCCUGUACCCCCUCCGUGACAUGCUUGUGCUCCAGGACACGUUGCCACCAUGUCCCCUUCCCUCCAUGCCCAUGCCGGCUGGGCAAGGGCAGCUCCGGGCAGCCCCGGGGGGUUGGCGGGAGGACCCCCCUGCAUGCACAGUGUAACUCCCCCAAGCCAAAGCGCAGCCUCGCAGCCCCUGCCCCGCUAUACCAAAGGAACUGGCGGUUGUAUUAAAGUUGGUAUUUCUCUA